UGGGCGGCGGCGACGGCGCCAUUUUGCGAACGGCGAGCAGCGGCGGCGGCGCGGAGGGCGCAGCGGAGGUUUUCCUGGUUUCGGACCCCAGCGGCCGGAUGGUGAAAUCCUCCCUGCAGCGGAUCCUCAACAGCCACUGCUUCGCCAGAGAGAAGGAAGGGGAUAAACCUAGUGCCACCAUUCACGCCAGCCACGCCAUGCCGCUUCUUAGUCUACAUAGCCGCGGCGGCCGCAGCAGCGAGAGUUCCAGGGUCUCCAUCAGUUGCUGUAGUAACCUGGGUCCAGGGCCUCGGUGGUGCUCCUGAUGUCCCUCACCCACCCCUGAAGAUCCCAGGUGGGCGAGGGAAUAGUCAGCGGGAUCACAAUCUUUCAGCUAACUCAUUUUAUUCUGAUAAUCGGCUGAAUGUAACAGAGGAACUAACGUCUAAUAACAAGACGAGGAUUUUAAAUGUCCAGUCCAGGCUCACGGAUGCCAAACACAUUACCUGGAGAGCCGUGUGGAGCGGCGGCAGCCUCUACAUUGAGAUUCCCGGUGGCCCUCUGCCCGAGGGGAGCAAAGACAGUUUUGCAGUUCUCCUUGAGUUUGCAGAGGAGCAGCUCCACGCUGACCACGUCUUCAUUUGCUUCCAUAAGAACCGGGAGGACAGAGCUGCCUUGCUCCGGACCUUCAGCUUUUUGGGCUUUGAGAUUGUGAGACCAGGGCAUCCCCUUGUCCCCAAGAGACCCGAUGCUUGCUUCAUGGCCUACACGUUUGAGAGAGAGUCUGCUGGCGAGGAGGAGUAGCGGCCGGCUGCUGCUGCGGGGGCCCCCGCGGCGGCGGUGCCCUCAGUGUGCUGCGCUGGGGGACGUAGACUCGGUCCUCUCCUGGGUUUGUCCGCAUGUUGUAAUUGUGCAAAUAAACGCUCACUUCAAAUUAGCGGUAUAUUUCUUGAAGUUUAAUGUUGUGUUUGUGAUACUGAAGUAUUUGCUUUAAUCUAAAUAAAAGUUUAUAUUUUA